AUGAGGAUGCUCGAGGGUGGUAGUGGUGGUAGUAAUAUGGACGACGAAGGGUCAGAUCCAAAAGAGAGAUUGGGGCGUCGAGCCGGGAGGGGAGAGCAGCUGAAGCCAACGGGGUCAGGCGGAGAUGGAGGAGAAUUGGAAUGA